UUUCAAACCCUCGGUACCUUUCGCGCCUUUCCAUGUCCCGUUCCCCCUCGGUUUCAGCAAGUCGAUGACCACUCUGGAGGACGGUGAACUCUGGUCGAGGAUUCGCCAAAUUUGCGAAAUCGUGUCCUAAAUUGCCUAAGCCAACGCGUCUUCUUACUGCAGGCAGGUUCAUUGUCAAGCAUUUCCUCAGGAGCAAUACGAUGGGUGAACCAGUUGUUUUUGUGACUGGUAACUCCAAGAAAUUGGAAGAAGUCACUCAAAUUCUUGGUCAGAAGUUUCCACACAAGGAGGGCGAAAUCACAUCUUCAGCUAGCUUUAUACCGUUGGUGUCCAAGAAGUUGGAUCUUCCAGAAUACCAAGGGGAUUCAGAUUACAUUUGCAAACAGAAGGCAAAGGCAGCUGCUAAAAUUGUUAAUGGACCUGCCCUGGUGGAAGAUUCGUGCUUGUGCUUCAAUGCCAUGGGUGGAUUACCAGGUCGUGUUCCACGAAAACCACAUCCUUCGCUGCAGCGAGAAACUGUGAUCUGCAACCUUCCACUUCUCUUUGCUGAAGGACAUCCAACAUGUCUAGAAGAAAUCACGGAAUCGCAGUUGGAACGCUUCAUCCCUUUCAUGGUGCAAUGCAGUUUAGGUUCUAAACCAGCAAGAGCACCUGCUUGGUGGCCUGUGGGAUUUCCAUUUGUAUUUCCCCUACGCAAAGUACCUGCAGUUGCUGACCGCUGGAAGCCUUGGUUGAAGACUUUAGUAUGUAGAUGUUAUUCAUAUCAUGGUGCUGAGUACUUACUUCGAUUCUGUUCUCGUCUCUAUGCAAUGUGGCCAAACCAAAUCAGAAUUCGUGAAACUCAAGAUGGACUUGUUAGCCUUUUUCACCUUGCAAGUAGGAAACAUAUAAUUACUAUGAGAAAGUUGAACCAGAUUUAUGAUCAGGCUCCUUUGAGUCCUCGCAAGACUUUGUUACCUAAGAGGACAUUGGUUGACCAACAGCAACAACAAAUGGAUAUCUAUAUGUGCAGCUGGUGUGAUAGAGAGUUCUCUUCCUCUGCAGACGUACGCAUGCAUGAGAAGCAUCAUGUUGGUAGCAAUGUUACUAGCUGGCAGAGUCAGGAACAAGUAAUGCAAUACCUUGGUUUGCAACCAACUCGAGGACCUCGACCAAUUCAUAAUUCUAUUCAUAAUCGACAGAGGCGUGCUGCUUCUAAGCAAUGUAUGCGUCGAAAUUGUUCAGUUCCUUUGUCUUCACCUCUAGGAUCCUUACUUUUACGGAAUACUGUAAGAGGCAUGAUUGACAAUCAUGGAGAUAGUUUAGAACACAUGGAAAAACAUUGUAAAAAUAGGGAUCGUUAUCACACAAGCUCAUCACGCUUUCCUCGGCGGCACUGUGGUAUGGCCAGUUGGGAUCAGGAUGACUCAAGUACGAACUCAAGAUCAUCAAGCCCAUCUGAUAAUGGCUGGUCACACAUGUAUUGUUUUAAUAAACAGCAACGUGAGGAGAAAAUGGUGUUACUGAAUACUGAUUUGAAUGCCAGUUCAAGGCAGAAUCUUAAACUCUGUCGUCCUCUUAGUGUUGUGAUACAAAGUACAGGCAAUUCAUUGUAAAAUUACUAUAAUUUACCUUACUGGGUAGAAAAACUAAGUGUUUGAUUUAGUUCCCUAAUCGUGUUUGCUAAGCAGAUCUUUGACAAAGGUUUUAUGCUGACUUUUAUUUGUAUGUGUGAUACUUCUCAAAGGAAAACCACAUGGUGCUGUAAGAAACUAAGGAAACUAUUCCCUUUGAACCCAACUGAUAUAUUUUCUUUACUACGAUAUUUGUUUCUGCAGAGAUUGGGACAUGAGAUUAUGUUAAAAUCAAUAUUUUUCAUGAAAUUGUGUCAUUAUUUUAUUGGAGAGUUGGAACAUGAGUCAUGUUUAAGUAAUCAUUUCUUGUAUUUAAGUUUCAUUCUACCUAUCAGAAUCAAUUUUAUUUAAUAUUUUAUUAGCCUGUCUUUUCACCCUCAGUUCUUUAUUUUUGGUGGCUAUGGCAUCCCACUUGUUAAUUUUCACUCUCAUUGUAUUGUAUAUAUUUAUUGGACAUAAGUGGAAAUAAAUGUAAAAAUGUUUAGUGA